AUGGCCACCAGAAUUACCAACGCCGACGUCCGCAGCCCCAUGGUGUUUCUCUCACUGGCUCCCACCACCUCUGAGUGUUUCCCUACCUCGCAGAACUACCAGCCCGCAAAGCGCCCGGAGGCUCGUCGCUCCUCUAGCUUGAGCAGCAACGACUCGGCCAAGCUUCGAUUCCUCAAGCUUGGCCCCGUCCACUACGGCGAGCACCGUGAUGAGCACAAGGCGGACUACCACGAGGUGGCCAUCGAGUGA